AAUGCGACGGAGGGAAAAUAAAAGCACACUUGGUUCUUAUCUGUGGUUUCUCAUAAUCAUCAUUGGGCUCUUCUUCCUCUAAACGCAUCAGAUGGAAAAUAUGAGUAAUCGAAUCACUUUCGAGGCGGUUUUUCACAGAGUAACCUUUGAAGAAGAUCCAGUAGAGCUACAUUUUAAAAAGCAAGAUGCUGCUGACAUUUUGGACCUCUAUUCGAAAUUUGUGAUUGCGAGGGUUGGAACUAGGACUCGAUCGUGUGAUUUGCGGUUACAUUUGAUGAAGGAGAUUUCUGGUAUGCCAACUUCUCUAAAUAGGGAAAGAACCCGUCCUGCAGUAUCUCCUGAGACAACCAGCGAGUCGUCCAGGGAGUCGUUCAGCGAGUCGUCGUCCAGCUCAGGAACAGGAGCAGUAGAUAUGGUGGACAGUUUUCUGGCAUGAUAGUUGAUACUUGACAGUGGAUGGUGACUGUAUUUUUUGUUUAGCAGCUACUCUCUCGCAAUAACGGUAUAAAAGUUAGCACAAAAAUGGGUAGAGUUAUGUCAUCUAUAUGGCAUAUUGGUAUAGAUAAUAAUACAUGUGUUAUUUUCAUUUCAUGUUUUAUGGUAAUGUUUGAUCAAAGGUAGGAUUAGCAGGGUUCACCUUUAGUUUGAAUCAGAUGGCAAUGCGUGCGUUGAUUCAAUUCAAGUUGAAUUUGUUGAACUUUCAGUUUUUAGUAAUUAUCUAGGAUCAUGGAAGAUCAAAUUCAGAUUAUGUAGCUCACAUGAUGAAUCAUUCUUUGUUCUUGGUUUUGUGACGGAGGGGCCUGCUGGGGUCUCUUUCUCUCUUGCUGGAUCAUUUUGACAGCAUACUGGUUGACUGAAAGGAGUCUACUAAAUAGAGAAAACCUUUUUUUAA